AUGGUAUGGCCCAUGCAGAUUACUCCCUCAGUGAGGGCUAGAAUAGGAAAAGACAGAAGUCAUUCUACCUCUAACAGUGGAGAGGACUGGCAGACAGACAAACAGACUCUGCAGAGAGAGAGAGAACUACAAAUGGUUCUACGAAUCCCCCUGCGCAGAAGUGCCAGCUUCACCCCAGAUCACCAGCCCUUGAUGGAGAUGUCCAAUCCCACCACGCUGAAAAUGGAAGCGAAUGUGCUAGUUAUGGGAGCAGACAACGUGGGGAAAUCAGCCUUGACAGUGCGUUUCCUUACCAGGCGAUUCAUCGGGGAAUAUGGAGACAUGGAAUUCAUCUACAGCCACAGCCUGGCAAUGGAGGGUAGAGAGAUCCAUGUCCACAUAUGGGAUGUCCCUUGUUCACAGGAUCGGGUGGAUGAGAGUUCUGCCAAGGAAAAGCGAGUCCAGUGGGCAGAUGGCUUUGUCCUGGUCUACAGCAUCUGCGACCGUGCCAGCUUCAAUGUGCUGCGGCCCAAAGUCCAGGUCAUUAAGGCAGCCAAGGAGGCUCUAAGCCAGGAGAAGGUGCCCAUUGUCAUCGUGGGCAACAAGCGGGACCUGCACCACCGGCGGGCGGUCUCCAGUGAGGAGGGCCGGCUCCUGGCGCUCUCCAUGGACUGCGAGUUCUAUGAGGUCUCUGCAGCUGAGGCCUAUCAUGGGGCACUCAUGGUCUUCCAGGGGCUGGCAGAGCGCAUCUGCGAGGCCAAGCUGGCACUGAAGAAGGGCACUGGGAUCCGCAGCAUUGUCAAAAGCAUGUCGGCUGUGUUUGCUCGGAAGAGGACGGACUCACUCUGAGCUGGAGCCUGUGUGUUACUUCCCCAUGUGCUGCCAGCUGGAAACACCAGAUUGCCCAGCCUCCUUCACUAGACUAACCCCUCCUACCCCAGUGACUGUGAAAAGAGCCAUGUAGUCUAUUGGGGGAGUCAAAUGGAUUCCCCCAAGCUCACACCUGAGAGCCUCAGAAAAAUGGCUGAAUCUGCCCCUGCUCACAUAUAUACCAGUGCAACCUGAGGCUUUUAUAAUUCAACACGUAGAUGUCCAUACUGUCCAACCCCAGGGGGUUGGGCCCUAUUACACAGUUACUAGGAUGGUGUCCAAUCUAGCUAUAAAUGCGCCACCCCUGGGCUCCCACCCCUUCCCUUGAGGAGCAGAUUCCUCAGCCAGGUAGUCUGAAUUUUAUGUAUAUUACAAUAGCAUCCAGAGACUCCAGUCAGCAUUGGGGCCCCAUUGUGCUGAGCUCACAGUCUCUCUUAGUCUUCACUCUAAAUAAGUCCCCUCCCAAAUAUUGGAAAACACCAGAGCAUCUUUCUGCUGCUUCUGGGAGUAUCUCACCUCCCCCAGUUCCUUUGGUGGGGAGCUGCCACUUCCUCUCAGUAAAGAUGAGUGGGAAGGACCAGCUGUCCCCAGCCCUUCGUUCCAAUCUCAGCUGGGAAUCUAGGAGCAAUAACUUGGGCAUGUGGCUGUUUGUAUCUGUCUUAAGUACUUAUUAUGGUCUCUAUUACCAUAACACCGGAGCAUCUCACAAGACUGCUAUGAGGUGGGGCAGUGCUAUUAAUCCUAUUUUACAGAGCGGGAACUGAGGCACAGAUACAUUAAGUGACUUGCCCAAGGUCACACACAGUCUGGUAGAUAAGGGAAUUGACCUCUGGUCUCCAGAGUCCCAAGCUAUUUCCCUGACUUGUAGACCCUCCUUCUUUCCCCUUCACAGGGAGGUGGUACUGGGUAAUGCUCCUUGUAAGCCUCUCUGAUGCUGAUGUGGUUCUGGAGUGGCUACUGAGCACAGUCCCCACGUACAGAGGGUGGUGUCUGUGUCUGCCCCUUGGUGUUUCUCAGCAUCUCAGAUGUUUGUCUUCAGCUGACACCAAAGCCCUUGGGAUUCAGGGAACGUUGUCAGCCUCUGGUUCUGUCCCUCUUCUCUGUGCAAUCUCGACUAGUUACUGAGCUUUCAUGGUGCCUGGCAUUGUCUGUGCCGACCAGCUCCUUCUCCCGGUUCUUUUGCUGACAGCAGAGGUUUCUGUUGUUUAUACAAUGCAUUGUACAUGCAUAUAAGAUUGGAGACUUGGCUGGUUUCCAGGACUCCAGACUCUAGCAUGGGAUCCAGUGUAUGUUAACCCGGUCCCUGCUGGAAGCCACAGUUUGUCUGCCCCUAGCUGGUCACCGGGCAGGGCCUGUGAGUUGAAGGAAGGGCUAGGUUCUUCCCACAGAUGGGCUGAAAACCAGUAAAAUUCCUGUCUGAAUGUGGAGCAUGGUCUCUGCUCCUUCUGCCUCAGCACCAGGGCUGUAAAGGUUGAGUGUAAAUAAGAGGGUGCAUCUGUGUAAAUAGUAAUUUCUACUGCAAUAAACCCCCUUUGUAUAGGAAGCUCCUGGCUUAUCAUGUCUGUGGUUUCUGUGCAGGGGAAGGGGGAACUCGCCUCUGGAGGAGGUGGCUGAGGAGAACUGCCUUUUGGCCUAGCCUGCCCUAGAGUGUGACAGACCAAGGGCAGAAAUCUGGGUACCUGCUGCAAUUUGGCUAAAUCUCCAUCCCUGUAGUCCCAGGCCCUUCACUAUGAAUCCAGCACACAGUCAGC